AUGAUUAUGAAAUCAAAGAACAAGAUCGAUUUCUACCUAUUGCCAAUGUGUCUUUUUUUUUUUUUUUCUAAAGUUGGAAGAGUGAUGAAAAAGGCAUUACCAGAACAUGCAAAAUUAUCAAAAGAAUCAAAAGAAUGUAUUCAAGAAUGUGUAUCGGAAUUUAUAUCAUUUAUAACUAGUCAAGCUGCUGAUCGAUGUUUAGUAGAAAAACGGAAAACUUUAAAUGGUGAAGAUAUAUUAUGGGCAAUGUAUACUUUAGGUUUUGAAAAUUAUUCAGAAACUUUGAAAAUUUAUCUUGCUAAAUAUCGUCAAUAUGAACAAGAACAAUUGACUCUUAAACCACCAAGAAAGAAAAUACGGAAAAAGAAGAAGACUAAUGAUAACUCGUCAUCAUCAUCAAAGUUGCAAAACAAGGAGGAACAAGACCAAAACUUACAACAGAAUCAACAAUAUGAUUAUGAUGAGGAAGAAGAAGAAGAAGAGGCAGAUAUAUCAGAUAUACAACUGAAUUUAAUAUUACAAAAUUUACCUGAAUAUUCUGAUGAUUAUUUUGAAGAUGAAGAUGAAGAUGAUAAAGACAGGCAACAAUCAGAUGAAAAUAGUGAUAAUAAUGAUCCUCAACUGAUUAAUUUGCAACAACAACAACAUCAACAAUUUAAUAAUAUUGAUUCUGAUCCAAUUACUGAAUCAAAUCAACAAGAAUCUUUUUUCACUAAUAGUAGUAAUGCACAAUAUUAUCCUCAUCAAUCACAAUAUGUAAAUACAACAUUACCUUCUUCUUCAUCUUCAUCAAUAAUAAAUAUUGAUAAUAAUAGAUCUAUACAAUCACAAUUAUUAUCAACUCAUCCACAACCUAGACAAUAUCAAGAUCAACAACAAAGUCAUAAUGAUAAACAACAACAACAACAACAACAACGUAUUAUUCCUGAUUUACUCAAUAUUACUAAUUCAUAUUCCGAAGAUGAAUUUAUUUGA